CACGUCAUUCCCGAGGUCUGUCACUUCAUCGGGAGCCCACGCACUGGCUUACUUAAACAGUUGUGCGUUUACAUUGUAAUAUCACGAACGCGUUGCCCUCAACUAAAUCAAAACAUACGACGAUCUGUGCGAGAAGCCGGUGAAGAACAGGAGGACUCUCCAGACUGUUUGAUUGAGUUCGCUACGCCUUGUAAGACACAGUGAGACAGGCGCGAUGUCUUUCACGUCAAUCCCUAUUCUCGACCUCGCCUUGGCACAGGACCCCGAGACGAAACCCCAGUUUCUCGAGGACCUCCGCCACGCGCUCAUGGAAGUCGGCUUCCUGUAUCUCAAGAACGUCGGCAUCCCCGAUGAGCUAUUCCAGAGGGUCAUCAGGGAGGGCAAGGCCUUCUUUGACAUCCCAACCGAUGAAAAGCUCAGGAUUGAGAUGAAAAACGCCAAGUCUUUUCUGGGAUACUCUCAACUCUCGGCCGAGAUCACGGCCGGCAAGAUAGACCACCGCGAACAGAUCGACCUCUCCACGGAACACCCGCUUCCAAGCCCCGACGAUCCCCUGCAUUACAACCUCCUUGCACCGAACCAGUGGCCCUCGGAAUUCGCCCUUCCCAGCUUCCGUGCCACCUUCACCGAGUACAUGGACCGUAUGGGCGCCAUGUCCAUUGCCUUCACCUCUCUCAUCGCCGAGGCCAUCAAGAUCCCCCCCUCAGCCUUCUCCAAGUAUUUCGACGCCAACCAGCAGCACAAGCUCAAGAUUGUAAAGUACCCGGACCUCCAGGAGCUCGGCAUCACCGACCCGGCCAUCCAGGGCCAGGGCGUCGGCCCGCACAAGGACAGCAUGCUGAGCAGCUACCUCUUGCAGGCGAGCCACCACCGCGGGCUGCAGGUGCAGAACGUGAGGGGAGAGUGGAUCGACGCGCCGCCGGUCGAGGGGACGUUGGUCGUGGCCAUUGGACAGGGACUAGAGGCCCUCACGCAGGGGGUGUGCGUGUCGACGACGCACCGCGUGCUGAGCCCGGCCGCGGGGCAGGGCGCGCGGUUUUCGAUACCGUUCUUCCAGGGGGUGAGGGGCGAUGCUGAAUUCGAGGACCUGGAGACCGUUGGGGUGGGGCAGGUGCCCGAGGACAUCAAGGAGCAGAGAAGGGCGGUACUGGAGAGAAACGGCGGGACAAGGCUGGAUGAUGUCGAGUUCACGUUUCGGAAAGGCGGGGUCGCGAAAACGCUUGGUGAGGCGACGUUGAGGAAUCGCAUCAAAAGUCAUCCGGAUGUCGGGGAGAGGUGGUACCCGGAAAUUUUGGCUGCGAUCCGGGUGGAGGAGGCGAGGGCUGCCGCGGCGAAGGAGGGAAACGCAAAGGGGGUUCCCGCGGCGUCUGCGGUGGCGGUCCCGGCUCAUUAAGAGAAAGAUGCCUCUCAUGUGGGACAGCUUGACAGCAAGAGGCCAGGCUACUUGAAACUUUGUCGAAACGUACAUAGAUCGCUGUCAGGGUGUGUUAGUCUCUCGCGCUCGUGGAGCUGGUGACUGUCGCCUAAGUCAGUUUAGUCGAAGCAAGGAGGCCAAGGUAUAUACGAACGACCGUUAUCAAGUAGCACAUGGCAUCGGCUUUGCGGUUUAGGGACACUGAGCAUUACUACACACGCCAUUUUCUUGCCCUCGUGCCCCUCUGAAAGCAGACUCAUGCCAAUGCUCUGUCACGAGCCCCUCAUGGCACUCCUAUUCGCCAUACGUAU